UAUGUGAAGGCAGGUUGAAUGGAACACCUCUAUAUCUCUCUCUCACACACACACACAAACACACACUAGAGAUCUGUUAUCUUGUAAGAUAACUGGAAGUCAUGGAAACCUUGGGCUGGAAUUCACCACUCCGAUACAUUGCUAUGUUGCUUAUAUUUCCUACAACUUCCAGCAAAGGGUCAGAAUGUGAGGCUCCUUCAAGUCCUCAGUGCUUCAGAAGAAACAACGAGGAGACUAUUUAUGAGUGUGAAUGGCAAAUGAAUACAACACAGAGAAAUGUGACAUUUGACCUCCACUUCAGCAGUGACAUAAGAUUUGAAAACAUUCAAGAAACGCGCAAACAGAUCAAUGAUGAGGACCUCAUCAAAUAUAAACAUGUUGACAUUUGGGUGGAAGCUCAAGCAGGAGAAUCUGUGUGCACCUCAACCAGCACCUCUGUUAUACUUAGCGAAACAGUUAAAUUUGAAGCACCACAAGACAUUUCAGUGGCCUGGUUUCAAAACCACCUCAAAGUGACCUGGAACGCUGCAGAGAAAUACCCGGCCUUGGCUGAGGUCUGGUUUCAAAUAGAUGAAACAAAGCCGUGGGAAAAGAGACUGAACACCACACAGUUCACGCACAGUCAGAAGGCAUACCAGUUACUUGUUGAAAAUCUGCAGAAGCAUACAUCCUACCAGCUGAAGCUCAGACAUCGGACCAAAGUGACCCGUAACCCGCUGUGGAGCGAUUGGUCUUCACUCGUGAUUGUUCCUGCAGAGCUUGAAGAUAAGAUGGAGGUUAACGUGACAUUGGAAAGGUUAGAAGGUGCAAGGAAGGUCACUCUCAUAUGGAAGCCGGUUCACCAUGCAGCAGCAGUACCCGAAGUGAACUACAUCCUGAGGGACACACAGUCUUCCAGAGGAUGUCCUUGUAUGGUGGAGACCCAUCCCAGCAACAGGACGGAGUACACAGACUAUGUUUCCUACUCUCCGGUCAACUUCUCCGUUAUUGCCAGAAACGCAGCAGGCUCUUCUCCCACAGCCAUCAUACACAUCCCAGCAGAACCUACUCCCAAUUUAAAACCUUGUAAUAAAACAUUACUGGAUAAAAAACUGAACAAGACCACCUGCCUCGAGUGGUACAAACAACAAGAUGGAGACUUAAGGCUUGUGGCAAGGAAGACUAAAAGAGACAUGAAGCGUUUUACAAACAGCAUCGAGGACUAUGUGGGUUACAUUUACUUUGAGCACAUGUGCAUCAACGAGAGACCAAAGACUGUUCAAAUGUGCCUCUUUUAUAAAAAUGAAAAUGUUCCAAAAAUAGCUCCCCAAGACUUGUUCACCUAUAAUGAAACACAUAGUUCUGCCUCACUGUCUUGGAAAGCCAUUCCCACUGAGGACAGGCGAGGUUUCCUCACACAAUACAAUGUGUGCAGUGUGCAAAUAAUUUCUGAGGAUGAGCACUAUCAUUGUCACAGCGUACCAGCUUCCUCUGUAGAAUACCAUCUGGACAACUUGACACCAGUAACAAAAUACAUCACUGUCGCCGGGGUGACACGAGCAGGAGAAGGGCCAAAGGCCACAGUAACGUUCAGCACACGGCCAAUGAAUCCGAUGAAAGAAUGGUUCAAACUUGCCGUGGUUAUGGCAUUCCUGUUCAUCUUUCUUUUAAUAGUGUGCACGUGUGUCUGGAAAAGAAUGAAAAAGAAGAUGCUUCCUCCAGUACCAAAGCCUGUUAUUUGGGAUUUUGCCUCUUAUCCAACAUUGAAAGGGGAAAAGCUGGAGAAGGAGGACGAAGUGGUGCAUGAUGUUACACUGCAGCAGUUGCAGCCAAAGGAGCACGGACUAAGUGAAGAUGCAGAGGAGCCCAACAUGUCAUUAAACAUUUUUAUGAAGAGGACAAGGGUGUCUUACGGGAGCAGCGACGAUCCUCUGAGACCUUCUGCUAUUCAACAAACACUGAGGGGUUCCAAAGAGGAGGAAAUGCCAUGCAUGGAACAAGAGGAUAUGCUUGGCUUGCUGCUAUACAGGAAAGGAUUGGUGUUUGAUAUGAAGACGGACGAGUGUUAAAUUGAUUACUCUGAGAUCAUGUAUAAUUUUCUCCAGAACUGUUCAAUCACCGUCUUAUUUACCUCAUUUCCCAACCAAAGAACAC